CGCCCGCACGGGGCGGGGAGGCAGAGGAGGAGGAGGCGGCCGCUGCUGCUGCUGCUGCCGCUGCCGCUGGCGGCUCCCACCGAUGCUUCGUGACCGGCAGGAGGAGGAGGAGGAGGAUGCUGGUGCUGAUGCUGCCGCUGCCAGAAGGGGCGGCGCUGCUGCGGGCUCGGUGACCGGCUGCCGCUGCUCGCCACUUCUCGGGGCCGCCGCCGCCGCCGCCGCCAUCCGCACGUCCUCCUGGCUGCAGCUGCUGCGUCCCCGCGGGAGCUACAGCUUUCUGUGAUGGAAGAUGGACGACAGAGGGGCUCGGGUCGCUGACUAUUUUGUCGUGGCAGGAUUGACGGAUACUUCAAAACCUCUGGAGGAGGAAAUCCAUUUCAACGAUGCUUGCCACAAACUCGCGAAACCAAAAGAGCCCAUCACGGAUGUGGCGGUGAUAAUUAAGUCUCUUGGGGAGGAGGUGCCUCAGGGGUUCAAAUGCAUAGACGUGACUCCGUCAGGACUGUCCGCGGAUCUCAACAAUGGCAGCCUUGUGGGGCCACAGAUAUACCUUUGCUACAGGAGAGGAAGGGACAAGCCCCCUCUGACUGAUCUGGGGGUUUUAUACGACGGGAAAGAGAGACUGAAACAGGACUGUGAAAUCAUUCAAGCCACUCCAUAUGGCUACCCUGCCCACAUUAGUGGUGCGGCCUCGUCGCAAAAGGUCUACAUCACAUACCGAAGAGCCUCAGAGAACAUGACCCAGAAUGCCUUGGCAGUCACAGACAUAUGCAUCAUUAUCCCGAGUAAGGGAGAAACCCCGCCACAUACGUUCUGCAAAGUGGACAAGACUUUGAACAACAGUAUGUGGGGCUCAGCAGUGUACUUGUGUUAUAAGAAGUCUGUGGCAAAAACAAACACCAUAUCUUAUAAAGCUGGUUUAAUAUGUAGGUAUCCAGAAGAUGACUACGAUUCAUUCCCCUUACCGGAAUCAGUACCUCUUUUUUGCCUCCCAAUGGGCGCAACAAUUGAAUGUUGGCCAUCUAAUAGUAAAUAUCCCCUCCCAGUUUUUUCUACCUUCGUACUAACUGGAGCUUCUGCUGAAAAGGUUUAUGGUGCUGCUAUUCAGUUCUAUGAAACCUAUUCUGAGGAGAAUCUCACAGAAAAGCAGCAGUCUCAGUUGGGUUUAGUGACGACUCCUGAUGGGAAAUCUGCUGGCUGCAAAACAGUCCAGAUGAAUAAGUGCAUCUGCCUUCUUUCUCAUUGGCCUUUCUUUGACGCUUUCAAGAAAUUCCUUACUUUCCUGUACCGAUAUUCCAUUUCGGGUCCACAUGUCCUGCCGAUUGAGAAGCACAUUUCUCAUUUUAUGCACAAAGUUCCUUUUCCAUCACCACAGCGGCCAAGGAUUUUAGUCCAGCUAUCGCCUCAUGACAGUCUGAUUCUGAGUCAGCCCAUAUCAUCACCUCUACCACUGAGCGUUGGCAAGUUUUCCACUCUUCUGCAGAACCUCGGACCUGUGAAUGCAGUAACUCUCCUUGUAUUUGCAGUCACCGAACAUAAAAUCCUUAUCCAUUCUUUACGGCCUUCUGUCCUUACCAGUGUAACAGAAGCACUUGUCUCUAUGAUAUUUCCUUUCCACUGGCCGUGCCCGUAUAUUCCUCUCUGCCCCCUGGCCCUGGCAGAUGUUUUGAGUGCACCAUGUCCCUUCAUAGUAGGAAUUGAUUCAAGAUACUUUGAUCUCUACGACCCACCACCAGAUGUUAGCUGUGUUGACCUAGAUACAAACACCAUUUCACAACCUGGAGAUAAGCGGAAUAUUGCAUGGAAGAUCUUGCCAAAGAAACCUUGUAAAAACCUGAUGAACACUUUAAAUAACUUGUAUCAGCAGCUGGCAGAAUUGCAGCAAAGACCAAGAGAUGAUGCGCUGAUGGAGCUGGCAAUGAAUGAGUAUGAUUUUCAUUCAGGGAAGCUGCAUCUGUUAGAGGUGGAAAUCCAGGAGGCAUUUCUCAGCUUCAUGGCCUCUAUUCUAAAAGGUUACAGGUCGUACCUAAGACCUAUUACUCAGGCGCCCUCUGAAACUGCAACAGACGCAAGUUCCCUCUUUGAACUACAAGGGUUCUUAAAAAGCCGUGAUCGUUCGCAUCAAAAAUUCUACACGAUGAUGACCAAGACACAGAUGUUCAUUCGCUUCAUUGAAGAAUGCUCCUUUGUCAGUGAUAAAGAUGCAAGCCUUGCCUUUUUUGAUGACUGUGUCAACAAAGUAGAUACAGACAGGACUGGUGACACACGGCUUAUAGAACUCGAUGAGUCUUACAAGAGCGAGCAUACUGUGUUCAUAACGCCUCCAGAAAUCCCUCACCUUCCCAAUGGAGAAGAGCUCCCGUCACAGUACAGCUAUAAUGGCUUCCCUGUGCUGAGGCAAAACUUGUUUGAACGGCCGGAAGGACUCCUAACAACGCAGAGCAGCAAACUGUCCUCAAAAGCCAGCAGCCCCCUGCCCAUGUUCAGGAGGACAAAGCAGGAAAUCAAGUCAGCGCAUAAAAUAGCCAAGAGAUACUCCUCCAUCCCUCAGAUGUGGUCCAGGUGCUUACUGCGUCACUGUUAUGGCCUGUGGUUUAUCUGCCUCCCUGCCUAUGUCAAGGUGUGUCAUUCCAAAGUGAGGGCUUUAAGGACAGCCUAUGACGUCCUGCGGAAGAUGCAUGCAAAAAAGAUCGACCCGCCCGAUGAGGUGUGCUACCGGGUACUGAUGCAGUUAUGUGGACAGUAUGGUCAGCCAGUGCUUGCUGUGCGCGUCCUGUUUGAAAUGAAGAAAGCUGGCGUUGACCCAAAUGCCAUUACGUAUGGUUAUUACAACAAGGCUGUUUUGGAAAGUACCUGGCCCUCAAGCAACCGGAGUGGCUACUUCCUGUGGACGAAGAUAAGAAAUGUCGUCUUGGGAAUAGCGCAAUUUAAAAGAGUUCUAAGAAAACAACCUGCAAAUGGCAUCCACAAAGCUCUUACACAAAGGGAACAUUCAGACCUCUUGUACAGACUGUCUAAAGAAGCAGUAAAGCAAGGGAAUGCAGCUGUGCGGAAGAAUGGUGAACAAAAAGACGAAAAGAAAGAAAGUGACUCCAGUUCUUUGUCUGAAGUAGAGAGUGGAAAGGGAAGCGGUGACUGCCUUCCUGCAUUAAAUUAUCAAAAUUCCAGUAGCGCUAAGCCUUCUUCAAGGAUCGUUCGCAUUACCAAUACAGUGGGCAAAAUGGUUGAUAAAUCUGGAGAUAUUGUUACAGAAAGCUCUGCAGGGUUGCUAUUCUCCUCUUGUUUUGAGGAUAUCAACAAAAAGAGAGUUAAUAGGCUUGAACAUUUAAGAAACAGACCUUUAAAUGCAACUGGAAUGGACCACAAGCGGAUGGUUUGGAGAAGCAGAAACCGCAAUCUAAGUGGAGAUGCCCUGAUAGAGCUCAUGAAAAACCAGAUUAACCAGGAAGCAAGUCCUGGGGAAAUUGUAGAAAACCUAGGAGAGGAUGUGAAAAUCCUCUCUAAAGGUUUAGAGAAGAGAAUAAGGCCAAAGACUCUCAACAUCAGACAAGCUUCCUUGGGGCCCAGGAAGAGAGGCACCCUGGAGAAAGAAUCCAGUGAUGAGGAUGCCACCUACGAGAACAGUUUUAGUGACAAAACAGAGUCCCCAGUUAUAUUUGAUUUGGAAGAUUUGGAUAAUGAGCCUGUCUCAGUCAAAGGCACAACAACACUGAUGAAAAAACCAAAGAGGAUUCAGCGUGCCAUCAGCUUUCCAGUAAAACCCAUUGAGAAAACCGACGUUGAAGCAGGAUUCGAUCCGCUGUCUUUGCUGGCUGCUGAGACGGAGCAACAGAAAGAGGAAGAGGAAGAGGAUGAUGACAAAAGCGUCUCAACCCCCUCUGCAAGGAGAGAUUUAGCGGAAGAAAUAGAGCUGUAUAUGAACAACAUGAGUAGCCCCUUAACAAGCCGCGCGCCAAGUAUAGACUUGCAGAAAGCCUGCAGUGAGAAGAACACCCAUAAAAAAAGUCCAACGUUGGCACAGCCAUGCCGGAGAUCGAGCCUCCCUCCAAACUCACCCAGGCCGGCAAGCCUAACCAAAUCCAAAAGUUACCAGGUGAAAAAUGAACGGGUGAGGGAUAGGCUUUGGUCCUCUCCAACGUUCUCCCCAAACAACCGAGCAAGGGGUUCAUCUCAGGACAUGACCGGCACAGUAAUGCUUGCUUCUCCGACUUCGUUCAACUUGGACACGCUCCUAACGCCUACCUUUGAUGUUCUAAAGAGCAGCAUGUUUUCUGCAGGAAAGGGAGUUGCAGAGAAGGCCAGCAAGUGGUACUCCAAGUUUGCUACCUAUGCGGCGUCAUCAAAGGACCAAUACUCGGACCGAGCCAGCAUUUCAUCCCUUGGGGCCCUAGAUUCAGAAUCUGCAUCUCUGACGGAUGAAGAAGUCUGCAAUGAUUUCGACAGCACCUCUUCUCCCCCUCAAGAGAACGCCGCCGCCUCCUCCUCUUCCAUGCUGAAGGGGAUUGGCCUGAGCAGGACAAGCCUGGAGAGUUCAGCUUCCAUCAACAGCUCCUCGAGGGGUUUCUCUCAAUUCGGCUCCCUUUCAAAGUUUCCUUUGCCCGGCCGAUCAGAUCUGGUCUCCUCUUGCAGUACAAGCAGCACAAGCGUGUUCCAGAAUUACGCACUGGAGGUCCUCAUCUCGAGCUGUUCACGAUGUCGAACCUGUGACUGUCUGGUCCACGAUGAAGAGAUCAUGGCAGGCUGGACAGCAGACGAUUCCAACCUUAACACCACAUGUCCUUUCUGUAAAAACUUAUUCUUGCCUUUCCUGAACAUUGAAAUCAGAGAUCUCCGGGGGCCCGGAAGAUAUUUCCUGAAGUCCAGUCCUUCUUCAGAGAACAUGCAGCUUCCGUCAUCCUUUCCCACCCAGACAGGAAAGUCUUGUGCCUCUGAGCUCACGUCAGGAUUUACUGCCUCUUUAAUACCUGCACAGGAUGACCUGCAUUUAAAUAGCAACUCAAAACUGCCAGAGACCACCUGUGCCAGAAGCAUUCAGAUCCCUUCCAGAAGGAGGCAGGAUCCUGUUAGAACUGAACAUGCCAACCACCUCCUCUCAAGGAGUAUCAGUACCUACGGCCCACUGGAGGUGGAGGAAACAGGGAUCCACAAGCACAGCCACUUUGUUCCCACGGGAAGCUUGCCCACCACUUUGCAAGGGACAGCCGAUCCUUUGGGGCUAGAAUGGCGUUUAUCCUGCCCAGACCCCAUCACCGUUCCUUAUCUGAGUCCUCUUGUUGUAUGGAAGGAGCUUGAAAGUUUAUUAGAAAACGAAGGGGAUCAUGCAAUCACAGUGGCAGAUUUUGUGGACCAUCAUCCUAUUGUGUUCUGGAAUCUAGUGUGGUAUUUCCGACGCCUGGAUUUGCCCAGUAACUUGCCCGGAUUAAUACUGUCCUCCGAGCACUGCAAUAAGAAUUCAAAGAUCCCCCGAAACUGUAUUUUGGAGGACAGCAAGCAUGUUCUCAUUCAGAUGUUGUGGGACAACAUGAAGUUGCACAGAGAUCCUGGGCAACCUCUCUAUAUUCUCUGGAAUGCACAGAGUCAAAACCACACUCUUUUGUUUGAGACUCAGAAUUUCCCAGUGGUUCGCUUGCUGCAGAAGGAUGACGGUUCCUUUAACCAGGAGCUCUUAAGAAGCAUGGUGGAAAGUAUUAAGACGAACGAUGUCUAUGGGCCUAUGAGUCAAAUCCUAGCGAGAAGGAAUAAAUGUCCACGGAUCAAAAGGCAAAGGAGUCUUUAUAGAGAAAUAUUAUUUCUCUCUCUCGUUGCACUUGGAAGAGAUAACAUUGACAUAGAUGCUUUUGAUAGAGAAUACAAAAUGGCUUAUGACCGCCUAAUGGCAACUCAGGUCGAAAGUACCCAUGACUUCGAUAAGCCUCCCAGUACUGGAGUGAUGGAGUGCCGAAGGCUUUUUGGGGAGCCAUAUCUUUAAAAAGAAGGAUCACCUGUGAUGAAUUGCCGGCAAGGUUUAUAUGUUAAAAAAAAAAAAAAAAAAAAGACUUCACAGAGAUUCUCGCCUUUCUCCACUUAAAAAGGCAUCUUCAAUUUGUUUGUUUGUUUUUGUGUUCUGGCAUCAGAAUUUCAUAGUGGGGGACAAAGGAUACUGGAGUGAUUAUGGACAGCAGGCCAUAGAGCGGUCUCUUCACCUUGAUGGCGUCCACAAUCCCCUUAGUGGACACACCUGAACAAUCCCUUGAAGAAAGCUGAGCUAGAGAUGGACCAAAAUCAUGCACGAGGUUGCAUGGGUGAAAUAAGCUUUGCAAAACUGUUUACAUAGGAUGUUUAAAAUGUUACAGAGCACAUACCAGAGUUGUAUAAUAACAGAUUUUAAAUUAUUUAUAGUAAGUUCAUAUUUUUUUAACUUUUUAAAUUACUCUAGUGAAUUCAGUGAUACUGUUGCAUAAGCAAUACUUCUGUCCUCCCUCAGUAUAUUGCUGUUUGUUUAUAGAAACUGGUCUUUUUUGCAGAAAGAGCUCCCCACCUCGCCCCCAAGUAGAAUGGAAAUUUCAACACUGUCCUAGAUUGCAGUGUGGCUUGUCUGUUCAUAAUAUUUUUUUUAAAAAUCACAUUGCAAAUUUUAGCUGACAAGUACAGCAAACUUGUAUGAAGCUUUCAUAAUUAACACGCAUUCGUCACUUUGAAGAAAUUGGGGUCAAACUUUCUCUCAUUCUGUGCUACAUACUGCUGGGUUUUGCAAAGGAUUAACUGAGGAUGAUAUCUUUGGCUGUAGAUAAUCAGUUAGAAAUUAAGAUUGUCCUUGGGGAGAAUGCAAAAGAUUUGCUCUAGGAAAUGUGGAGAAAAUUUAAAUCUGCUUUGAGAGAUGCUGUAUACUGCACUAGGUGCAUCUGAGAUGCUUUUGUUCGUUUGCUAAUUCCUAGGUUGCAUGGCUGUACCUUUUGCCUAACUGGGCACUUCUUCUGUUUCUUAGCCGGGGAGCCAGACAUUUCAGGAACUGGAGAACAUGUGUUCUCUUUGAGUUGCACAGGCUUGCAGAGAUCUGUUGCCAGCACUGCCAAAUCUCUCUUCCAGUCAUUCCCUCCCGCCCCGCCCCCCACUUAACAGCAGAUUUUCUCAGGCUGAGCAUGCUAAAUAAUCACACCACUUGGGAUUCACCUAUGCCUUAGCAGCUCUUAAGUUUCUUCUGAGGCAGGAUCAAAAGAGCUAUGUUCAAUGUACCCAGGAAGGAGCUUAGACUUUUGUCUUUCAACAGCAGACCCCUGGGCCACAUCAAAAGCUGCGCUGGAAGCUGCCCCCACCCUCUCAGUUCCAGCAUGGGUCAUAGGAAAUUAGGAAGCUGCCAUAUACUGAGUCAGACCAUUGGUCUAUCUAGCUCAGUCUUGUCUUCACAGACUGGCAGCUGCCACACAGCAUGGUGAGCUGCUGUUCAAGAAACACAAAUCUCUUUGGGUGAGUAGUCGGUCAGUCAGUCAGUCAAGUCCACUAGGAAGUUCUAGUGCAACAGUUCUCGACCUUCCCCUUUAUGCAGACCACAACGUCGUCAUCAAAAGCUUUUCUGGAACACCAUGUAAGCAAGCUAUUUCAAACAUGUGUAACAUAGCCUAUGGCUGAUGGGAAUCAAACUUGUAUAUUGAGAGAUAUUAAACAUGCAGCUAUUUCCAACAAUUUAUUAUGCUCAUCACAGAACAUUUACCUGCAGUAGUGUUAAGAUAACACUUAACUUAAUGAGAAGGCUGAUGUUGAUUAUUAUUACAUUAUCUCCCCUGCUCACGAACCACUUGCAGUGUCCACGAACCACAGUUGGGAAGCACGGUUCUAGUGCACAGUUCCCAUGCAUUUCAGUGGGACUUGUGCUAGAGAAUUUCCCCGGGGCUGUGUGCCGUGCAUUUCCACACACCUCUACUCACCUUCCAAUUACAGACACACAUAGCUAGUGGUAACCUUCCGAACUUUUGUCUCUAUGAAUUGUGCAGUUGUGUGAUAGAGCUGUGUCUCCUAAACCAGUGGGCAGAUUACUUGGGAAACCACUUCACUGCUAAGUACCUAGUAUUGAGGGAGCGGGCGUUUAACUUCUGUGUGCAGUACCCAUGUUAUGCUGUAUUUACUAAGUAAAAGUUGUGCAAAUUGGCUGCCUCGAAUGUAAAUAGGGAAUUGGGCCAAGGGGCACAUUUUCAAGUGGUCACUCCCUCCUUAUCUUGAGCUUCAGGUGGAGAGCAGUCAUCCCUAUUCAGCCCAGCACAGCAACCCUCUCAGUGGCUGUUGCUUGCUGGUGUAUUCCUUGUGUUGACUUUCAGAUUGUGACCCCUUUGGGGACAGGAAACCAUCUUCUCUUUUCUUUUGCUAUGUAAGCCACUUUGAGAACCUUUUGUUGACUCCUGGUGUAUAAAUUAUUCUAAGUCAUAAUACCUACAUUUUUGUGCUGUGUCAUUGGCCUCUGAAAUGCCACUUCUUGUUUUCGUUGGCAUCGUGGAAGGCACUAUUAUAGAUAUGCAUAGCACUUUAUAGCUAUGAUGGAGGGACCGUGUCUGCUUCCUGAGAGUUCUAACAUAUUUCUAGGGCAACUUGGAAAUCUACAAAGCAGACUCAACUCUCUGGUAAACUAAGAUGAGCCGGGUUUUCAUGGAAGUGGUUUUGGAAUAGGUCACCAUUCUGUCAGGUGUGUGUAUAUGUGUGUGACUACAGGUAAACAUCCAUGUUGAGCCAGCAACAUUAAGGUUUUUAUUAACGUGGCAAUUAAAAACUGACCUUGUUCCUCUUGGAGAACAUCCUGUCAACUCGAAUUUUGGUAUUGCAGAGUCAUGAUGAGCCCGUGUUGGCACCUUGGUACUAUGUAAAGAUAGUAUAGUGAGAAAUAUGAGUAUAGUGAGAAAUGGCCAGGAUCCAGAGAGCUACUUGAAGUUGAGACACACCCCGGCUUGCACAUACCCAAAAUAAAUUUUGGUCCACCCCCACCUCGCCCUGCAUAGCUAAUCCCCUGCUCCUGCUCUAUCACCUUUUUUUAAUUUUAAAAAACCUCCCCUUUUUCAAAAAACCUGUUUUGCCAUCUGGCAGGGAGAACAGCUGGCCUGGUCCACACACGCAUGUACAUCUCUUGAUUUUGCAUCAUUUGGCAAGUGGCAGCUGAAUGAUGUGUGAAUGGAUUCCACUGAAAAGCAUGGCAGUGUGUGUGUGCGUGCUACAGCUAAGCUCUAUGGCCCUUCCCCAUCUAGGAUAACAGCUCUCGUAAUGUUGUAAAUGUGCCAGCACGCAGGACACUCAUCUGCAUCACAUCUUUCUCAAUAAUUGCAGGCUGGAAACUCUUGAUAUGGAAUCUGCCAUCACUAAGAGGUCAUUCACACAAUCAAAAAAUGUGUUCUGCCCGGGUUUAGGAGCUGUUUGUGCUCCCAAUUAUCAGUUGGGUAGAAGCAAGAUCAGAGGAAAACCUUAGUAGAAGUGAUUGUGUAGAAGGCAGGUAGGAGGAAAAGCCACCCUGGUUUUCCUCCUACCUUGCUUCCACACGAUCACUUCUACCCAGGUUUUCCUCCUACCUUGCUUCCACAUAAUGUUUGCAUGUGAUACCUUUACACAACCUUGCUGCUCCUACAACAGACUCUGUGAAGUCAUUGUACAAACAAAAAGCUACCUUAUUCACAUUCCACUGUGACCCUUUUAGAGGAUAAAGAAGCUUCCCACAUGUCACAAAAGUGUUGAAAUUUGAUCCCACACAUCACACUUGCUUUUAAAAAGGAGCUUGAUUGAUUCUUGUCCAUUUUCCCUCAACAGUUUUCAAAUCUUUUUCUUCUGUGUUCUGUAUAGUGAUUUGCCCUAAUAAUGUCUGAGUACUUUGUCCUAAUACUCUGAAACAGUUCUGUGUUUGCAUUCUGUAAUACAGCCUAUGCCUUUCAUCUGUUUGUUUCAUGACUUCAGCAGAGGAAAAAACAUCUAGUUGGUGUGAGACCAUUUGCUGGUGGUGGCAACUUCUCUCCCCCCCCCCCGCCCCACCAGACAAAUAAGUCACAGGGAGCCCAGUCCCGAUUGGUGCCACGGCAAAUUGGGAGGUCAGAGCCCCUUCCUCCGUGGCCCAGAACUGGAUAAGGGGCCCCCACUGCUGCUAUUGGGAUGGGUUUGAGGGGGAACCAAGCAUCCAGGGCUGGUGAUGCAUUUGAUGUAGCUUGUAGUUUGAUCCCCAGUGGGUGUUCAGUGUUAGCUGCAAUGUUAGCUUUGCUCUUGGUACAGAUACAGCUUUAUCAGAUGGGUGACUUUCUGGUAUUUCACCAGGAAAUACUUUACCCCAAAGACAGAAAUGGAUAUUCAUUACAUGUAAAUGUGUGUAUAUAAUGUUUUAAAACAGGAGGAUGAUAUUUUUUUUUUCUGGAAAAUAUAUACUCAUUGGAAUUUCAGAAUGGACACUUCCUUCAUUUACAAAGGAGCACUUUCACAAAUGAAUGGUUGUAGAUGUGUAAAUAUGUAAUGUUUACAUUUUAUUUACCAACAAAGGACAUCCGUUUAAGUGUUCUAUUUUGUUUUGUAGGUCAAUUAUAAGGUGUAUAUGUCAAUGUUCACAAUGGGAAAAGGUGGUUCCCCCACCCCACAAAUGUCCAAAAUAAUAAAAACUGAUCUAUUUAAACUUUUACAAUGAGUCAAUAAAGGGGAAAAACAAAUCUCUGUAGUCAUUCUCCUGUUCAAAAUGUCUGUCAGAGACAAGUACUUGUAAUGUUUUCUCCAUUCAUUUCCAGCUUAAUAAAAUGAGUUAUUUGAUGGUG